AUGGGACAUCAAAUACAAGCAUGGAACGCAAGCAGGAGAUUCGCAGGUUUGGUUCUGCUGUUGCUUCUGCAGGCGGUGAUGGAUGUCAAGCCGAGUGAGGCCCCCAGAGUAUGCGGCAAGCAGGGACCUAUGAAGCGAAUCAUAGGAGGGGAAGAUUCCCAGAACGGAGAAUGGCCCUGGCAGGUCAGCAUCAAGAUGAACGGGGUACACCACUGUGGAGGGUCCCUUGUUACUGACCAGUGGAUCAUCACAGCAUCACACUGCUUUAAACUGUUCAAUGUACCUUCCAAUUUCUCCGUGUUGCUUGGAGCUCGAAAACUCUCCGAUCCCGGCCCUCAUUCCAUCACUGCUGCCGUGAAGCAGAUUAUCCUCAACCCAGAGUACGAGGGAAAUUUGAGGGUCGGAGACAUUGCCCUCCUACAACUGGAGCAACCAGUUAAUUUCUCCCAACGGAUCAUCCCCAUCUGCGUCCCCGAUGCCGGUGUUGACUUCCCCCCAGGGCACAAGUGCUGGGUCACCGGCUGGGGUGAUCAUGAGAAAGGAAGAGCGAGCCCCCGAAUCUCUGAUAUGCUACAGAAGCUGGAAGUCCCCAUCAUCAGCACAGAUGAGUGCAACGCCCUCUACCACCUGGACUCUGAGGAGCCCAAGUUGACACGGGAAAUCAAAAGCGACAUGCUGUGUGCUGGCUAUGCCGACGGGGGACGGGAUGCUUGCCAGGGCGAUUCGGGAGGACCACUGGCCUGCCAGAUGGGCAACAUCUGGCUCCUUGCAGGUGUUGUGAGCUGGGGAGAAGGUUGCGCCGAGGAGAACCGUCCUGGCGUUUACGCCCGUCUCACAUACUACCAGCAGUGGAUACACAGCCAUAUACCAGAACUGGAGUUCACAAGCACAGCGGUCAAGGGUCACAGGACAACCGUAGACAGCAAAAACCGAAUAGUGGACAAUAGUGGGUCCUCUUUCACUUUCAGUCUCACGUCCGUCAUCAUAGCCUCCAUCUUUUUGCUGGUGUCUGCUGGGUAUAUUCUUUAG